GCACCCGCGCGGGCCAUCCAUCCUUUGAGCGAAACGCGACAGGCAUAGAGGGUGGAGGUAGUACCUGACGCAUUUACUGGCUACUUUCCAUCGCCAAGGAGUAAGGCAGUACUUGACGACAGAGUCCAGGAGUAUAGUCUUCAAGCACAUUCUCUCUCUCUCUCCUCUCUCUCUCUUUCUUACUCGGUCUCGCCCUCUCAACUUGCCGCCGCUGCUCUCGUGUCGCCAGCUCGCCCCCGCAAGACGCACACGCCGCCAGCAUCACAGUUCAACUCCCAGUCAACAUUCUCUCCUGUUGUUGUUGUGGAGGAUAAGGCUAGUCAUCGGGCGGUUCAUCAACUUGCUGUGAUUGUCCAGGGUUUUGUCAUCGGAGGUUGACUCGGUCAUGUCGUACUCGCAGCAGACUUCGAUGCCGUCAUCAUACACGCUUUCGCAUCCGAUCUCACCGAUCUCACUCUCGCCGCAGCCAGCAGCUGGUCACGGAGAUGAUGAUGACUCGGAUGCUGUGCCCGAGUUUACUCGCAUUGUCUGUGGUGCUUGUCACGCGCCCAACUCGCUCGAGGUGAGCCACUGCUCAAAGUGCGGUGCAGCUGUCUCGCCGACUACCUGUGCGCUCACCACCUCGCCGUGCCCGUUCUGUCUGCUGGUCGCGGCCUUGGAUGCAGCAGGCGCGGUUGGACACUUUGAUCCGCCGCUUGCCGUGGGCAACGAGAGUGUACACUACGCCGACUCGGACGUUGUGGUCUUUGAUGCCUUCCACGCCGCGUCGUGGCUGCAGCUCAACAUCAUUCCGCGCCACCACGUCGCUCACCUCGCUGAGCUCGACAGCUCACCAGACUACGCCACUGCGGCUGAUCGCAAGGCGCUUCUGGUCAAGCUCUACACUGCUGGCAUGGCGGUGACCGAGCGCCUUGUCGCUGUCGCCGCGCCGCCGUGGGCCGCCGAGGAGGUUUACUACCCAACGGCCCGCAACCCGGACAUUACCUUUACCGCCGCCUACAACAUGCCGCCUUCGGUCCCGCACCUCCACUUGUACAUCAUUGCCACCCCGUACCAACGUCCGAUGAGCUUCAUGCGGUCGCAAGCCGUCGCCUUUCCGCGCUCCAAAACCCACGCCGCCGUCCUCAACUCCCUCGACCGCCACGGCCGCUGCAUUGCCGGCAAAGAUCGCGAGGCGCCCGAGUACGAGGCCGAGGAGCGCGCCGCUCAUGCCGUCGACGUCGCCCGCAUCGUCUCACUCCACGUCGAGCGGACCGCGCGCCUCCACGCUGCCGCCACAUCGCCCAAGGCCUCGGAUGUCUCGGACGCCGAGCUCCAGUUUUACCUCGGUGGUCAGUUUGAGCCUGCGGCCUAGCUGCUUGCCGCGACUGCCGCCACCGCUCGGUCAAAGAGGACCACCCGCGGGGGUUCGGUGAUGGACGACGACGUGCUCACCACCGUGGCCACAGAGCCGAGCGUCACUCCGCGUCCGGCACAGAGGCUUGACCCACAGAGGAUUGGCUCGUACUUGCGCUGUUCAACAGGCACCACCACCGAGUUGCUCGCGUCAAUGCUCACCGCGGUGUCGGCCAGCUGCGCACGCCGCAGCUGCCACCCGUGGGCCCGGAGCUCCGACUCGGUGGCCGAUCCGCGCGGAACUUUGCCGGUCGUCACAAUCUGCCCACACGCCCGGCAUCCGAGCUCGAUCACGUCCUUGGCUUCCUCAUCGUCGAGCCCUGCACUGCAAGUAGCGUCGCUCGGCGCGCCGGCUGGCCCGCUCUCGUCAUCGCCGUCGAGCUCGAGCACCACCGCGGGCUUGCCCGACGCCGCCGCCGC